AUGGUGAGCAGCGACCCUAUUCAGCAGAAGAUGGAGGCCUCGGUGUUCGCCAAGCUAAACUCGUCCGGGCGUCCAUUUGAAGAGCAUUAUGUCGCUCAUAUCAAGGUCUGGGAGGCUGCGCGCGACGGAAGAGGGAAGAAAUCAAGAUAUAUCGUUCUCUCUCAGACUAGUGAUGGAUCCGGGUUUAUUCACAAAGCGAAGCUAAACUGCAACGGCGCCUUCUCACUUGGAAAGACGUGGAAGAUGCAAGAUCUUCGUGAGGUAGAGGUGGUGAACUCACUCGUAUUCGAGAUCACUCCCAGCGCCACCACAUAUCGCUGGCAAGCAGACAACGCCAGAGAUCAGACCAAGUUCGUGUCGAUGCUGAUCAGGCUCUUCCAAUACGUGACGGGAGGAGCUGCGCCCUUGCGGCUCAUCGGCGUGAGAGUUUCGGACGGUCCUGCGUUGCCAAAGCUGUCUGCAUCUAGUCACAAAUCUUCACGUCCACAGGGAAUAUUGAUCAAUGCAGAUGCCAUGCCGACAGGGGACGGAACAAUUGAGAAGCUCCCUCCAAGCCCUCGGUCGCUUAACUCGAAGCCCUCUGUGGUCAUCUGGAAACGGCCCGUAGAUCAACCACAAAUUGCCCCGGUGCCACCGAUACCAGCCCAGCCACGUUGA